GCUGACGCAAGGAGAGACUUGGUGACGGGGAGGGGGACGAGCAGUCGACAGAAAGUUGGUGUUGGUGGCGUUGGAAGUUAGUCAUCGCCAUUCUGUGUUUUGGUGUGGAGUUAUUACCUGGAUGUGACAAUCCACGGGGCUGCCUGAUCGAUCGACCAAGCCUUCCAUCAAGAAAGGCAGCGAUCGUGGCCUGGUGGCUGCGAGUUUUAUAGAAACCGAACCCCGCUGCUCCUGGUGUGGGGACAAUAAGCCGAGAUGCAGGCGCCCGGUAGCGAGAAGAAGUGCUAAAACAAUAGGCUCUAGCCCAAAGGCGUACUUGGAAGAAGCUGUCUUACUGACCUGGAAGGACUGGCUGACUGCUGAGCCACAAUAAUUGAUGGACUUUGCUGAGGCAGUGGUAGUUCCGAGAGAAGAAAGGAGAAGUCUCGUGAUGCUGCGAGAUUCCGAAGGGGCAAAGAGUCGGAGGUCUUCUAUGAACUGGCUCGUGAACUCCCUCUUCCUCACAGUGUCACUUCUCAUCUCGAUAAAGCGUCUAUCAUGAGGCUAACUAUCAGCUACUUGCGCAUGAGAAAAUUGCUUAAUGCUGGAGAUGCUGAGGUAGAAGCUGACCUUGAGGAACAACUAAACAGCUUUUACUUGAAGGCCCUAGAAGGAUUUGUCAUGGUGUUGACACAGGAUGGAGACAUGAUCUACAUGUCUGAGAAUGUGAACAAGUGCAUGGGGCUCACCCAGUUUGAGCUGAUCGGGCACAGUGUUUUUGAUUUCACCCAUCCUUGUGAUCAUGAAGAGAUAAGGGAAAUGCUUUCUCAUAGAGGACUUCAGAAGAAGGGGAAGGAUCAAAACACUGAGCGCAAUUUCUUCUUGAGGAUGAAGUGUACUUUAACGAGCCGAGGCCGCACUGUUAACGUCAAGUCUGCAACAUGGAAGGUCCUUCAUUGUACAGGACAUAUUAGAGUAUACAAUUCCAGUAAUGAGCAGACCCAUUGUGGUUACAAAGAACCACCCAUGACCUGCUUGGUUUUGAUCUGUGAACCUAUUCCGCACCCCUCGAACAUAGAGGUACCACUGGAUAGCAAGACAUUUCUGAGUCGUCAUAGCCUGGACAUGAAGUUUUCUUAUUGUGAUGAGAGAAUAACUGAAUUAAUGGGAUACCAGCCAGAAGAAUUGUUGGGCCGCUCUGUCUAUGAAUUUUAUCAUGCUGUGGAUUCAGACCAUCUGACCAAAACCCAUCAUGAUUUAUUUACUAAAGGCCAGGCCACAACUGGUCAGUAUAGGAUGUUGGGCAAAGAAGGUGGCUAUGUUUGGGUGGAGACACAGGCCACUGUGAUCUACAACAGCAAAAACUCCCAGCCCCAAUGCGUGGUCUGUGUGAACUACGUUUUGAGUGGUCUAGUUGAGAAAGAUGUGAUUCUUUCACUGGAUCAGACUGAAAGUGUAUCUGUUGAGAAGCCCGAGGAACCUAGAAAGAACCCUGUUUCAUCCACAAAUGAAGAAACCAAUAAUCUUUUUGACAAACUGAAAGAGGAACCAGAGGCUUUGACUCAACUUGCACCAGCUGCAGGUGAUACAGUUGUCUCACUGGAUUUCAGCCCCUCAGAAAUGCAGCAGUUUAACGAGGUCCCACUCUACAAUGAUGUCAUGUUACCCUCCUCCACAAACCAGAAAACUGUAGACAUGGCACUGUCACCCCUGCCUCCCUCUGACGCAAAAAAGCCACUAUGCAACAGCACAGACCCAGCCUUGAAUUUAGAAUCUGUCAUCAAACUUGAAACAAAUCAAGAGUCAAUGGAAUUUUCAUUUACCAUUCCACAAAUGAAUGAGCAGUCAAGCAACUCUUCUUGUCCUUGCACCAGUCAGAAUUCACCGCAACCAAGCAGUCCUUCAGAUUACUGUUUUAAUGUGGACACAGACAUUUCCAAUGAAUUCAAACUGGAUAUAGUGGAAAAGCUUUUUGCAAUUGACCCAGAGGCUAAACACCCAUUUUCUGUACAGGACAUUGAUAACUUGGAUCUGGAGAUGUUGGCUCCUUACAUCCCGAUGGAUGAUGACUUUCAGCUUCGAUCACUGGACCAACUUUCACCACUUUCUGAUACUCAAACCACUCCUGCUGAUACAUCGAGCAUGAAACCAAUGGUUGACGUCUUCUCAGAGGCUAGAACAUCUGUUAAUGACACUCCAGACAAAUACAUGUCAGCUUUAAAAACCACAGGGAAUAAUAUCAAGUCUUCAGCUGGAACAAAAUCUUCGUCUUCCCUGCACACGAAUGAAAUGGAUGAUGCCCCAGCUUUAUCACAAAAGAAGAAAAGCAGCAGAACAACUUCGCCUACCCGAACUGGAAUCCAAAAAGGACUGCUCACUCAGCAAACUGAUAUUUCACGUCCACAGAGUUCCUUUUCUCCAGUGAAGGCGCUGCUUGCUUACAGUAAAAGAUCUGCGAUAGGAGAAGCUCCAAAUGAAGAGCCAAGCCCGCAAUUACUAAUUUUACACAACUCACCGAGGAAACGUAAGCUGGAAAAUGCAGCCUCCCUUUUCCAAGCAGUCGGAAUUGGAUUAUUGUUCCAAAAUGACACUGACCCUCCAGUAAGUACGUCACAAACAUGGAAACGUGCAAAGGGGUUUGAAGCCAAUAGUAGUGAACGCAAGACACUCGUGUUGGUACCUACUGAUAUAGUGUCGAGGCUUCUCACUCACUCAGCAGAAAGCAGUAGCUUGCCAACACUCACCAAUUACGACUGUGAAGUGAAUGCACCUAUCCAAGACAACAGAACCUUGCUUCAGGGUGAAGAAGUUCUCAGAGCAUUGGAUCAAAUCAACUAAGUUCACAGGGCUGAACAAAAUUAUGGACAAUAGUGAAGCCCCCAUCACCCAAAGCAGUCUAUUUAUAUUUUCUAAAUCUGAUUUAUAGAAGCCUGGCUACAGUACAGAAGUUUUUCCUGUUAGCAGAACUCCACCACUGACCCCAUCCAUGACCUGCUCUUUAUUUGCAGUAUUGGUCUAGGUCUGUAAUUCACAACUUAAAAUAUCUUCUUGAUACUUGAUGCUUUUAGGCACAUGGACAAGCCUAGGAUGGCAUUUGGAAGAUCGAUUAUGAGUGACACAUCGUAUGUAAAUGAGUUUUAGUGGUCUAUUUUAAAGAGCAUUGAUAACAUUUUACAUUAGUGUCUAAUUUAUUAUGGUUUUCAAUCAAAGAUGUUGAGCAAAUCUUAAAGGGAAUGUAGCACCUUCUAGUCAGAAUUAUGGCCAUUCUUUAAAGUUUUUAAUGGGUAAGAUUGUCUAUGAUGCCUAGAUAAUUCACUUACUUUAGGAUACUUGCCUGACAAGCAUUGUUGCUUUGACAGCUGUUAAUAGUAGCCACAAUUGCACAAAAUAUAUUUUCUUAAGAAGUACCAGCAGUCCUUUAUGCAGUAUGUUUUGCAGUUAUAAAUCUAGUUUUUAAGAGGAUAAAAGCUAAAUGAUUUUUUUUUAGUUAUUUAGUAAAAAUAAUGUUAAGCAUGGAAUGCAUACACAAAUAAUCACUUUAACUUUCAUCUUUUAAAUGUAGAACAGCUUGUGUUCCUCAGAUAUUUGGAACUGACUUCCAGUCAUGUAGUUGAUGGUUGGAAACAUCAAAUAUUGGCAGCUUGAAUAUGGACAAUAUCUUUAUUGUGCAGUAACAUUUUAUUGAUAAUUAGUCACUUGCCAAUGCAGGUAAAUCUGACUGUAGUUGUACAAGUUCAUACUAUAAUAUCAUAGCAAUACAUUAAGUAUAAAUAUUGCUGCAUAUUCUGCAAUUUGUAGGUAGUAAUAUCCAGUGUAAGUGUAACUGAAAUAGCAUUGUAUUAGAAAGACUCCUAGUUUGGUUACCCAGUCUGUCUUGAAUCUGAAGCUCCCUGUCACUUACAAAUCCCAACUAAAUUAUCAUGUAGAUUAUACUGUUUGUUAUUUUCCUUUCUUGCCCUCCUCCAACUUGUCAUGCCCAGCCCCAAAUCAGUUCUUGAAUGAAAUGGUCUAAUGGUCUCACUUUUUUUUGUGCAAUUGUACCGUAUGCUCAGUCAUCUUUUACUGUUUGUGGUUGGAUCUAACACUAACUGUAUUGUUUUAUUACAUCAAUAAACAUUAUAUAUGUGGACCAGGA